GUGCCAACGCCGCAUCAUCCCCUUCUCUUCUCUUCUCUCCUUCCCUCCCCAGUGCUCUCCCAAAUCCUGCUGCUGGCGGGUGUCCUGAGUGCCAAGCGCUUCCCCUGCUUCCCUGAGUACUGUCUCCACGACCAGGACUACGAGGAGCUGCUGGGCAUCGCCCGGGCCGGGCUGGAGCCCGCGGCUCGCCCGGCGCACGUGGUGGUGGUGGGCGCGGGCAUCGGCGGGCUGACGGCGGCCAAGCUGCUCCGGGAUGCUGGGCACAAGGUCACCAUUCUGGAAAGGAGCAGCUGGGUCGGGGGGCGGAUCCGCACGCACCGCCCCGAGGGACAGGACUGGUACGUGGAGCUGGGGCCCAUGCGCCUGCCAGGCAAGCACAGGCUCGUCCGCGAAUUCAUCCGCCAGUUCAAGCUGGAGCUGAACCCCUUCAUCCAGAGCGACAACAACACCUGGUACUUCCUGAGGGGUGCUCGGGUCAGGGCCGAGGAGGUCGGCAGGAACCCCGACAUCCUGAAUUACGCGGUGAAGCCAUCGGAGAGGGGCAAGAGCGCCGUGCAGCUCUACCGGGAGGUCCUGGACAAGGCUUUUAAGAAAUUCCAGACCACUGACUGCAGGAAGUAUCUGGCUCAACACGACUCUUUCUCCACCAAGGAAUAUUUGAUCAAGGUGGGGGGGCUGAGCCGAGGAGCUGUGGACAUGAUCGGAGACCUGCUGAACGAGGACUCAGGGUUUUACCUGUCCUUCCUCGCCUCGCUGUGGGACUUCAGCAUCUUCUCUGACGAGAGCUUUGAUGAAAUCACCGGCGGGUUUGACCAACUGCCCAGAGCCUUCCACAAGGCGCUGCCCAACGUCGUCCAGUUCAACUGCACUGUGGAGAAGAUCAUGACCAAGGGCGACAAGGUCCGGGUGUUCUACCGCGCUCCCGACACGCUGGCCCCGACCGUGGUCACGGCGGAUUACGUCCUUGUCACCUCCAGCGCCAAAGCCACCAGGCACAUCCAGUUCCUGCCGCCGCUGUCGCCCGCCAAGGCCCACGCCCUGCGGUCCAUCAACUACGCCAGCGCCUCCAAAAUCAUCCUGGCGUGCUCCGAGAAGUUCUGGGAGAAGGACGGGAUCCGUGGGGGGCACUCGGUCACCGACCGCCCCUCCCGCUUCAUCUACUACCCCAGCCACAACUUCUCCAGCGGGGUGGGCAUCAUCCUGGCCUCCUACACCUGGAACAACGACGCCGAGUUCUUCCUGCCCCUCACGGACGAGAAGUGCCUGGACGUGGUGCUCCAGGACCUGGCGGACAUCCACCAGGUCAGCAAGGAGUACCUGCAGUACACCUGCGACCAGCACGUCAUCCAGAAGUGGCAGCUGGACCCGCACUCGCUGGGGGCGUUCGCCGCCUUCACGCCGUACCAGUUCGUGGAUUACUCGCGGGCGCUGUUUGAGCACGAGGGCCGCCUGCACUUCGCCGGGGAGCACGCGGCGCAGCCGCACGCCUGGAUCGACACGGCCAUGAAAUCGGCCAUCAGGGCGGCCAGCAACAUCCACCACGACAGCGGCGAGGCGCCGGCAACGCGCGCGGACAGCCCGGGGAUGCUGGCGCCGAGGGAAGAGCUCUGAGCGCCUCUCUCACACCGAGGGAAGAGCUCUGAGCGCCUCUCACACCGAGGGAAGAGCUCUGAGCGUCUCUCUCACACUGAGGGAAGAGCUCUGAGCG